AAUAUCCUCUUCCAGUGCGUGAGACGGAAAAGCCUAACACAAGAACAAGACGCUCCGAUCGGCUUCACCGAGGGACGAUCCCUCUCUUGACGCGAUUGCUCUUCGUAUCUUGUAGUUUGUCUGCGAGUGAAGCUGCGUGUCACCAUCUUCAUCACAUCUCUGCUUUGCGGGUAACCUCACCAUGAACGCCCUUGUUCCGCAGUUGCAGAAACGAUUUCAGGACUACCUCAUUUCUCUUUAUCAACAGGGGUUUCUGGAUGAUCAGUUCUCUGAGCUGAGAAAGUUGCAAGAUGAGGGCAAUCCUGAUUUUCUGACUGAGGUUGUCUCUCUCUUCUUUGAAGACUGUCAGAAACUUAUCAAUAACAUGGCUAGAAUUCUGGACCAGACAGGAAAUGUGGAUUUCAAACAGGUAGAUGCGAGCGUGCAUCAACUGAAGGGUAGUAGCUCAAGUGUUGGUGCGAGUAGAGUUAAAAGUUUGUGUGUGGCCUUCAAGGAAUAUUGCGAUACUCAGAGCCUUGAAGGGUGUGUGAGUUGUCUACAGCAGGUGGAUUAUGAAUAUAGGUUGCUAAAAGCCAAACUUCAGGAUCUGUUCAAUCUGGAGCAACAGAUCCUUCAAGCUGGAGGUGCAAUCCCUCAGGUGGAUAUAAACUAGAUCGAUAGGCUUCUUGAUUUGGGAAUCGCUAAGGGCGGAACAGAGGAUCCAAACUACAGUCUUCUAUCGAAUAUGUUGUAAUUUUUUGUUUUGGUUAGUAGUGUUGAUAAUCGAUACUAUCUACCAUACAUUAUCGGCUCUUUUGGGUAAAUUUAGACACUUGAUGGUGUUCUAAUAAAGACAUUGGAAUUUUACCCAAGUCAUUCUGCGUAUAUCUAUACGCAUCAUGUACUGUAUUCUUUUCCGGAAUGGUAGGCCUUUGGGUGUUGCUUUUUGA